CCCAAAUCAUAAAAUAGAAACUCUCUCUCUCUCUCUCUCUCUCUCUCUCUCGGACUCUCUCGCGCUCUUCAAUCUGCAGUCUCUCUAUCUCUGUCUCUCUCAUCACCAGAUUUGUUCGAGUAACAAAGCAAUGGGCAAGGCUUCUCCAAAGAAUAAGGGAUCUUUGCCAUUCAAGCAGAAGAGAGCCAAAAAUUUGCGUAAGCGGUACCUUAAGCCGGGGGCUCUUGCCCAGAUUCGAGAUAGCAGAGCCACCUUGAGAUCAUGUACUGACAUUGGCAAGAAAAGAGUUUUGGUCUUGGAUUCCAGCAAGGUAGGAAAAGAUUUGCUGCUUGGCAGUAGUGCCAGCACUUGUCCUUUGUUGUUGCACAAAGGCAUAAAUGGCCGUGCACUGGAUGUUCGGAGACCACCAAAGUCUCCAGCGACACCAAAAACACCUCGGGUUUGUGAUUGGGAAUCAGAAUCAAGGCUUGAAUCUCUUCCCUUGGAUCUGUUGGUGAAAAUCAUGUGUCAGUUGCAUCAUGACCAGUUAAGAGCUGUUUUUCACGUCUCCCGAAGGAUUAGAGCUGCGGUUUUAUUAGCCAGGCAAUUGCACUUCAACUUCACCACCCCUGAUAGAUCAAGGCAACCAGUCCUCCGCAUGAAAACUCCCCCAGCACCUCUCCCUAACGAGCAUUUGUUUUUCAUGAGUGUAGGAGAUGAAAAUGGUAUAUGGGUUUCACAUCCAUGUACUCCAAGACCUUCUCGGUUCGGCCAUACUUCUCGCUUACUGUUCACAGAUAUGAGACAAGUAACAGCUUCUCUAUUUCAAGAAUCCAUUAAAAGCAGGAAGCCACCUAGUUUCCCACGGCCACUUUGCAGAUCCAAGGGUUCCAGUAAGGUUUCCUUAUAUGAAGACGAGCUAUGCCAGGCUGUUUCUCAGAACAAGCUUUUAUAGCUUCCAUAAACAUGCCGUUUUCUUUCCCGUGCUGCCUCUGUAAAUAUGUUUUCUUUCAUUAGAAUGAAAGAAACACAGUUUUGAUGUAGUUGGAGAUAACUUUGCACUACCUGUCUAGAUUUGUCACAAUAGUCCCCAAGUGCGGACUUAUGUUGUCAGUCCUGCUACUUUAAGAACUUAGCUUUACAUAUAUAUAAAUGAUUUGUAUAGUUGUAUAGUAA